CUUGGUUCAUACCCUUACGAUGGCUAAUCCAGCAAGAAGUGAAUAUGUUCCCCAGAAGAUAAAUCCACUCUUAUUUUCUGCCAAUACUGGAUCUCCUUUUGAUGGUGUCCAAAUGCCAGCACUUUCCGUUCCAGCCCCUCAGCAAGCUGUUUCGCAUCAACAUUCGGCUGAAGCAGCUGCCAGUGAAGGACAGACGGCGGGACCGACUGCACCGCCCCCGCCGCUGUCUGCUGCCGCGGCGCCGCCCACCGGACCUCCGCCCCGCGGCGGCGGCGGGCUUCUGAACGCCUUCCGGGCGGUACCCCGGCCGGGGGGACGGUUCGGCACGGGAGCUAGUCUGCCAGCGUCCGGAGCCGCCCCGGCGCCAGUGUCUGUGUUUAGUCCGGCGGUGCCGCCGCAGCUGCCGGCCUCCGAGACGGACCCGCUGCAGCCGCACCUCAGAGGACCAACAACAACCCCGGCGGUGCUGGCGCCGCUGGUCGGCCCGCCGGCCCGGCCGGCCGUCCAGCCGCCGCCCUCCGUGCAGUCCGUGUUCGCACCGCUGGCUGCGGCUUCCACUGCGACAGUAACGACUCCAACCGCUCCAAGCAGCUCCGCGGCUCCGGCAACGGCCAGCAUGCCGCCGCCAGCGACAUCUAUACCACUGAGUUCUGGUGCUCAGUUUGCCAGCCGGCCGCCGACGGCGCCACCGUCGCACCGGCCGCCGUCGGGCGCUGUUCCUCCACCUCCACCCAGAGGCAGCUCGGCGCCGGUCACCAUGCGUCGCGCCACGGCUCGCUGCCAGUACGCGGCGCCUCCUGGUCUGACGGUGGCCACCCCAGAGAUGACGCCGUUCGCCACGCCGCGCGGCUCCAUCGCUGAGCCCGGGCCCGUGAUGCUGCCGCUGAUGGCCUCCCUGGCCGAGCCAGACACCAAGGGCUACGAGAUGUCGCCGGCGCCGGCGCCGGUGACCCCUCUCGUCUUCCACUGGUUCUACGCCAAGGCGGCGAGCUCGGAGUCUGAACAGCAGCCGCAGCAGCCGCAGCAGCAGCAGCAGGAGCAGCAGCGCGCAGAGGCCGGCCGGCCCAGCGAGCCGGUCGACUGGCAACCGUUCUCGCGGGGCGACUCGGCGCUACUCGAGCGCGAGUAUCAGGCCGGUACGGGCCGGCUGGUACCGGUGCUCGGCCGGCGCUACGACGUCGACGUGGCAGCCCGCUCGCUGCUGCCCGUCUACUGGGAGUGCGCUCCCGGCACGGUGCGCCGCUGCUCCUGGUUCUCUCGCGGCGUGCACGAGGCCAAGUUCAUGCCCUAUGAGGAGCACGUGGCUGAAAAACUGGAGGAGAUAUACGAGGAGUCGUCUCGGACGGGCCAGUGGCACCGCGACGUACAGCUCGGGGAGGAGGGCUACGUGGUGCUGCACUCGCCCGGCUGCCUGGUCCACCACCCGGGCAUCACCCACGCCUGGGAGGAGGUCACCAUGCCGGACGACCCGAGCCGGCCGCGGCAGAUGCGGCGCGGAUGGAACACGGUCGAGGGUGCCGGCAUCCCGGCCGACGAGCCCGAGCUCGUCAACCACCUGGUGUUUGUCGUGCACGGCAUCGGCUCCUGGUGCGACCUCAAGUUCCGCAAGGUCACCGAGUGCGUGGACGACAUGCGGACGAUGGCUGCGGAGAUGGCGCGCUCCCACUUCAGCUCGGCUCUCUCCGCGGGCCAGCUGGGCCGGGUCGAGUUCCUACCCAUCAGCUGGCACCACGCGCUGCACGGCGCCGCCGGCGGCCUGGACGAGGCGCUGCGGCUCAUCACACUGCCCAGUAUCCCGCUGCUGAGGGAGUUCACCAACGACACCAUCGUGGACGUGCUCUACUACACCAGCCCCAUCUUCUGCCAGGUGAUCCUGAAAACGGUGGGCGACGACAUCAACUCCAUCUACGGCAAGUUCUGCGAGCGUAACCCCGAGUUCCGCGGCUCUGUGUCGGUGGCCGGCCACAGUCUGGGCUCGCUCAUCCUGUUCGACCUGCUCUCCAACCAGACCGGCGAGGCGCCAGACGCGGAGCCGUCGUCGGAGAGCCCCGAGGACGGCCAGCUGUCGGAGGAGGAGCGGUACUCGGCGCUGCUGCGCGCCCUCAGUCUGGAGCAGCACGGCGACACUCUGCGCCGGGCAGAGGUGACGGACGUGGCCACCCUCCGACUGCUCACCGACCAGGACGUGGAGGAGCUGGGGCUGCCGCUGGGCGCCCGCCGCCGACUCCUCCACUGGAGGGACAAGGCAAACAAUAAGCCGGGUGUGGACACGGUUACCGUCUCGUACGACACGAACACGGGACAGCCGGCCAUGCAUUACCCGCAGCUGGCCUUCAGGCCGGCCUGCUUCUUCGGCAUGGGCAGUCCCAUCGCGCUGUUCCUGCGUAUCCGCGGCGUGAGCCAGCUGGGCGCCGAGUUCCGUCUGCCCACGUGUGGCAGCGUGUUCAACAUCUACCACCCGUUCGACCCGGUCUCGUUCCGCAUCGAGCCGCUGAUCGACGCCGCCAACGUGCGCCGCCGGCCCGUGCUCGUGCCCCACCACAAGGGACGCAAACGCAUGCACCUUGAGAUCAAGGAGCAGGUGGUUCGGAUGGGCACAGAGCUGAAGCAGCGGCUCAUGUCGUCUCUGCAGAGCACCAUCGGCUCCGUGUACAGCCUGGGCUGGAUGUCGACCACCGAGACCUCUGCCUCGGUCACUGCCGACAUGGACACGACGGAGGAGACGACGGACGGACAGCAGCAGCAGCAGCAGCAGCCACAGCAGGAGCAGACGGGGGAGCCCACAGGACCGGUGGGGUCGCUGAACGGAGGCCGCCGCGUCGACUACGUGCUGCAGGAGCGGCCGUUCGAGUCGCUCAACGAGUACGUGUUCGCCUUCCAGAGCCACCUCUGCUACUGGGACUCUGAGGACACGCUGCUCAUGAUCCUGAAGGAAACUCUGCGGGAGUCUGGUAUCGAGGCUGACAAGGUGCUGAAGACGGAGUCGUCCACGGAGGCGGAGCCAGCCGCCGCCAGCAGCACCUCGGAGGCCGCCACGGGUACAGUCACCGCCCCCGCCGCCGCCUCCGUGUCCGCCCCGACCCUGUCCGCGCCCCCGGUGGCCCCCAUACCUGUGGUGGUGUCGGAGGCCGGCCCGGUGGAGGACGUACCGCUCAUAGCAGCCGGGGUGCCCGGCCCACCCGCCCCGGCCGCCCCCGCCCCCGCCCCCGCUGCCGGGGCGGGCGGGGCGCGCUCGGUCGGCGGCCGGCCGCUGCAGCUGCCGCCGGCGGCGGGCGGCCCCGUCGGCAUGGACCCGACCGUGGAGAGGAAGGAGGGUGCCGCGCCGCCGCCGCCGCCGCCCACGGCCGGCUUCAGGCGGAGCUAGCCGCCCCCGCCCCCGCCCCCGCCUAGCCGCCGCUCUAUGUGCCUGCGAAAUGACUGCGGUGGAGCCGUAACUGUAGUGCCUGGGACGCCGUGCGGGUAACGGCAGCCGUGUGUAGCCAGUGAAGCCGGUUUGUGGGACCGUUUGUGUUGUGGGGGUUGUGAGGCUGACUGCCGUGCUGACUGGAUGCAUGUUUCCGAACCAUGGCCGGCUCCAGUCUGAACUUAUCGUGAGGCUGUGCCGAACCGCAAACUGGCCAACAACUGACGACGCCAAGCCGUGAAACAUGGCCCUUGUAUGUAUGUUUCGCUACUUUGCAUGGGUCAUGGGGUGUUAGCGGUGCUCAAUUUUAGCACCGGGCAGAUAGCUGCAAGCUUAGGGCGAUUUAUACGUGUGAGCAGAUAUCGUGUCCCGUCCAAGGUGUGAAUACCAAAGCAAAUUCUUGAGCAAGCUUGCUUGCCGUGAGUCCAUAUGGUAGUUGCUCGUAAGCCGCAUAUCUACCUGAAUAUUCUAAUAUGUAUGUUUUCAGAACGGAUUCCAACGUCACCCGUUUGUUUUGCAGUAUCCUGGACU